GUCGAGAAAAUCUCCCGCCAUGCAGCGCGCAGAAUUCCUGUAGAAAAUGGCGGCAGAGAUGUAAACAGUUUGUAAACAGUGCAGAAAACCCGGCAUUUCUCCUUCCACUGAACACCUGGAACCCAGGCAACACGCCACCAUGCAGGCGGAGGACGCCAGAUACCUGAAAAGGAAAGUGAAAGGAGGCGGGAUAGAUGUCCACCCCACAGAGAAAGCCCUAAUCGUGAACUAUGAGGUGGAAGCGACGAUCCUGGGAGAGUUGGGAGAUCCCAUGUUGGGGGAGAGGAAGGAGUGCCAGAAAGUGAUCAAGGUCAAGCACCUGAACCAGAACAGCAACAUCGCGCUGCUGGCGCGGGAAAUCGUGGAGAAGUGUAAACUGAUCCACCCCAGCAAGCUGCCCGAGGUGGAACAGCUGCUGUACUACCUACAGAACAGGAAGGAUGCGCCCCCCUCCCCAGCGGACAAGAAGGGGUCGUCGACCUUCACCGGGCAGCUGAAGGACCCGCCGCCCUUCGAUGGCAUGGAGGUUGACGAGGUGGCCAACAUUAACGACCUAGAUGACUACAUGGAGCUGUUAUAUGAGGACGUCCCUAAGAAAGUCCGCGGUUCUGCACUAAUUCUGCAACUGUCCCGUAACCCGGACAACCUUGAAGAACUGGUGCAGAAUGAAAACAUCCUGAGUGCGCUGGCGCGGGUUCUGCGGGAGGACUGGAAACGAAGCACGGAGCUCGCAACAAACAUCAUCUACGUGUUCUUCUGCUUUUCCAGCUUCUCUCAGUUCCACCCGGUUAUAUCCCACUAUAAGAUCGGAGCCUUGUGUAUGGACAUCAUCAGACAGGAGCUGGACAAACACGACUUGUGGAAAUCUGAACUCGAGAAGAAGAAGAAAAUUCUCGAAGAAAAGCCAGACAGCAGCUCGACCAAGAAGGACUAUGAGAAGAGUCUUAAGAAGUUUGAGAGUCUUGUGAAGAAACAGGAGCAGCUGAUGAGAGUGUCGUUCUACAUGCUGUUGAACCUUGCUGAGGACUACAAAGUAGAGAUGAAGAUGAGAAACAAGUCCAUCAUUCAGGUGCUGAUUCGGACCCUGGACAGAGACAACUUUGAGCUGCUGAUUCUGGUGGUGUCCUUCCUGAAGAAACUCAGCAUCUAUGUGGAGAACAAGAACGACAUGGCAGAGCAGGAUGUGGUGGAGAAACUGGCCAGACUCAUUCCCUGUGACCACGAGGACCUGUUGAACAUCACGCUGCGUCUGCUUCUGAACCUGUCCUUCGACACGGACAUGAGAGGAAAGGUCGUCAAAGUUGGCCUGCUGCCCAAACUCACUGCCUUGAUCAAUAAUGAGAACCAUCGAGUGGUGGUCCUGUGUAUCCUGUACCACAUCAGUAUGGACGACCGCUGCAAGUCCAUGUUCACCUACACAGACUGCAUCCCUGUGGUGAUGAAGAUGGUUCUGGAGUGUCCAGACAAGCAGGUGGACCUGGAGCUGGUUGCCCUCUGCAUCAAUCUGGCCAUCAACAAGCGGAACGCCCAGCUGGUGUGCGAGGGCAGCGGCCUGAAGCUGCUGAUGAAGAGGGCCUUCAAGACGAAGGACCCGCUCCUCAUGAAGAUGAUCCGCAACAUCUCUCAACACGAUGGACCCACCAAGAACAUGUUUGUGGAGUAUGUGGCUGACCUGGCCAACUCCAUCAAGAACUGCGAAGACGACGACUUCGUGAUCGAGUGCCUGGGCAUCCUGGGUAAUCUGACCAUUCCCGACCUGAACUAUGAACUCCUGCUGCAGGAGUACGACCUUGUGUCCUUCAUCAAGGACAAACUCAAACCAGGAAAUGCAGAGGACGAUGUUGUGUUGGAGACAGUGAUCCUGGUUGGUACAGUGUCCACAGACGAAGACUGUGCCGCCAUGUUGUCCAAGGCUGGAGUCAUCCAACAACUCAUCGAUCUGCUGAAUGCUAAACAGGAAGAUGAUGAAGUGGUGCUGCAGAUUGUGUACGUGUUCUACCAGAUGAUUUUCCACGAGGCCACGAGGGAGGUCAUCAUCAAGGACACACAAGCCUCUGCGUACCUGAUUGACCUGAUGCAUGACAAGAACGCGGAGAUCCGGAAGGUGUGCGACAACACGCUGGACAUCAUCGCGGAGAAUGAUGAGGAGUGGGGGAAGAAGAUAAAACUUGAGAAGUUCCGCUGGCACAACUCCCAGUGGCUGGAGAUGGUUGAGUCGCGACAGAUGGACGACAGCGAUGCCCUGAUGUACGGGGACGAAGGCUUCGGGCCGUACCUACAUGAGGAGGACAUUCUGGACAGACCCGACUUGUUCUACACACACGCAGACGCAGACGGAAUGAUCCUCCACGACGGGAACGUGAGUCCGUCGGACCUGCUCGACGACUACGGCAUGCAGAACGGAAUGGGGCAUCCUGGGUACGGCAGGUACGACCCAGGAUACGACGGUCCGUACUUCAUGAUGAACGGGCAGCCUGUGGAUGAGUACGGCCGUCCUGCGUACCCGUACGAGGUGCCUGUCGAUCCGUACGGCCGGCCGAUAACCCCAGCCGAUAUGGAGGGGGAACAUCCGGGAUACGGGUACAGAUAGGGCCGGGGAAGGGAGUCAAUGGUAGCCAAACAACAAGUAAAACAGCUACGUUGUAAGAGAUGCAAGAAUGUUACAGUAGAUAAGUAAUACGAAACAAGUAAUGACAGUGAGUCAGUAACAAAUUUGUCGUCCAUAUUUAAUCAUUUUUCCAUUCAUAUCAUACAAGCAGUAGAAAAAUAUUCUCAUCUAGAUAUUACCAUUUUAUGCGCUUGCAACAGACAUGGUAGACUACUUACUAGUGUACAUUCAUUAAGCAUUCAAAUUAAGAGUUCAAAUGUAUAACUUGAAAUUCAUUUGAUUUCUGGUAUCUCCAAUUGCAGUUGAACAGUGUUUGUUUUUUCCCCUAAAAGAAAACUGUUAAAGUUUGACUUUCUUAACAGGAUUCGUACCGGUAGCAUUCAUUCUCAUGGAAGUCUGUGGUACAUUGUGUGUAGAUAUUGUUUUCCUGGUUUUUAAAUAUGAACAUAUGCUUUAUGGUGUAAGU